AUGCAUCUUGAUUUUCAACUAUCUUAUCUAAAAUUUGGCGGUUCAACUGUGCGGCUAUAUGGAAUUACUCAAAAUCCAAAUACAUUAGACUAUAUGAUAGUUAUGGAAUAUAUAGAAGAUGGAAGUUUGGGAAAUCAAUUACAAGAAAUUGCAAAUUCUAAAUGGGAAAAAAGACUAGAAUUUUUAGAGGUUUGGAACAAUGAUGAUAAAAUAAAAAAUAUGUUUGAUGAACUUGAUGAAAUACGAAUGCAAAAAUCUAAGGAUCCUGUUAAAAUUCACAAAAGCGCUAUUUAUACAAGCAAACGUCUCAAGUAUUCAGACCUUCCUAACCCUGUAAAUUCCGUUGAAAUUCCACCAUUUUGUAUUGAAGAAAACAAAAUUUUUGAAUCACAACAGAUAGAUUGUGAAAUAUCUGAUUUAGACUUUCAAUGA